UUUUUUUUAGAACAUUAGGUGCUGUUUGUUUAUACGUAAUGUGAAAUGCAAAAGUGUAAGGAUAGGAGUAUAUGGAUCAGUUGCUUUGUAGGGUGAGCCACGUGCGAAUGUGUUUGUGGCAAUUGAAGAUGAUGAUAAAGUGGUUGAGAAGCUGUAAUCGUUCGUGCAAGGCGGCUUCAUGCUUCUCCUUCAGCAAAAUGACUCUUGGAAGUCUGAACUAGCUGCGUCUUUAUUAAUUAGCAGCAAUGGUUACGCGCGAGCUCAACAGAAGCGGACCACUCCUUCUUGAAAGAUUCUUGAAAUUCGAGGUUUAGUGAUCAUGAAUGGUGGUAAUUCAAGGAAAUAAUCAGAAACAAAGUUUUCAUCGAGCCUUGAGUCUACAAAUCCUCCUCACAGAUCAUCUGCUUCUGAUAACUUACAAAGCUACACACAUAUCUCCAUCUUAAGCACACUAAAAAAAAAGAUCUUUACUCUUUUAUGAUAUCUGAUACCAAAUAAGACCUUUGCAGAUAGAAGAGGUGAUGAAGAUGCAGCUGGAUAGGAAAACUCGGAGCUUGACAUCGUCUUGGAGGAAUGUGAGAGGUGGAACAAAUGAAAAAGAAGAAGGGAAGGAUUGAUUAAGUGGGUUUCUAAUCAAAUGCAGCUUAUAGUCAUAUGUUUUUUGAGUUAUCCUUUUUUGUUUUUGUAACAUGUUUUGGCUGAACUUCUCUUAAGUCUCUUUUAAGAAACUUCGGUUUGUCUGAAAAUAUCGGAGUAGUGUGACUACUAAAGUUGUUUUUGAGAUCACAAUCAAAGGAGGAAACAACAAUCUGUUGUUGUUGCCAGCCUCGUGUUUCGAAAUGGACGAUUACACGAGAGAGAUGAUGGAUCUCAAGACAUUGGUCACUCGAACCCUCGAGAAGAAAGGUGUCCUCGCUAAGAUCCGGGCUGAGCUACGUGCGAGUGUGUUUGAAGCAAUUGAAGAAGAGGAUCGAGUGAUUGCUAACAGCGAAGGCUUGCCUCCAGCUUUGUUAGGAAGCUGCAAUGAUCGUGCUAGGCGUCUUCAUGCUUCUCCUUCAGGCAGGUUGCUGUCUGCUUUGGUAUGCGAAUACUUGGACUGGGCGCAGCUUAACCACACACUCAAAGUUUAUCAGCCUGAAUGUAAUUUGCCAAAAGAUUCAUGGAGGUCUGAGUUACAUGAUUUUAGUAGCAACAGUGGACAUGAGCUCAACAGAAACGGAGAUAGCAAACCACUCCUUCUUGAUGUUCUUGAUGGAUUCUUCAAGUUUGAGGCUUUAGGUGGUGGUGGUGGUAGCUCAAGGAGAGAGUCAGAAACAGAGUCCUCAUCAAGCCUUGACUCAAGAAAUCCUCCUCGUACAUCAUCUGCCUCUGAGAGCCUACCUCCUCAACGAAGGUCAAUAUCUGCAUCGGGCCCUACCUCUGGGUACAGAAAAGAGGAACACAGUUGGAGAUAUGACAGUGAAGAUGGGAGUGAAGAGGUAACGAGAGCUUCAGCAGCGCUGGAAAAUCUGCAGCUAGAUAGGAAAACUAGGAACCUAACAUCAUCUUGGAGGAAUGUGAGGGAUGGAACAAAUGAAGAAGAUGGGAAAGAUUAACAUGGCGGCGUGUGUGUGUGUGUGUGUGUGACUCUCUGUGUUUAUUUAUGGCGGCGUUAGAUGUUUGCAACUGUGUUUGCUAUCAUUUUGUUUGUAUUUGUCAAAGUAGUUGUUUGAGAAGGGAUUGGAAGUAAGUUUAUAUUAGCAAAUGAAAUCUGCCCUCCAAGACCAUAAACAUGUCACAAUGUUAAAGAAUUUUUGUUUCUAAGCCUCA